AUGCCUUUCAAACCUUUCCAGGAGUCAGUGCUGGCCAUGAUUGCAGCAUUAUGGGCAGCUGCAGUUGGCAGUCUCGUUGUAGGCCAUGAGGCCAUCACUUCAUCAGAUUUAGGUUGGGGAACAUGCCGUCGCUAUAACGAAUUGGAGCUCUUCAGCCACUUAGUGCAGCUGAUUUGUCCACCCAACUAUGACAACAAGUGCGACGACCCGAUAAUGGAUCCCUACGGUCUGUUCAGAUAUCGCUGCCAAACUGUUUAUCCUUACGAUGAGAAGCUGUCCACUAUUGAAGUACUGAAUGCCAGUACAUUACUGGAAAUGUUGCACCAUACGGAUGUCUACAGAAGGACGUGGUGUAUGGUUACGUGA